GCGGAGCGGAAGGCCCGGCGGGCGGAUCGCGGCGCGCGGACGGGAGGGCGGCGCGGAAGGCCCGGCAGGCGGAUCGCGGCGCUGGCUCUAAGAUGGCUGUUGUGAGCGGGGCGCAGUUGCUGUGAGGAGCCGCCCGCCUGUGCUAUGGAGUGCCCGCACCUCGGCUCCAGCGUCUGCAUCGCGCCCGCCUCGGCCCGGUUCCCGCAGGGCUCGCCCUCCUCCUGGUGCUGCAGCGUGUGCCGAUCCAAUAAAAGUCCCUGGGUCUGUCUGACUUGUUCCAGUGUCCAUUGUGGAAGAUAUGUGAAUGGCCAUGCAAAGAAACAUUAUGAAGAUGCACAGAUUCCUUUAACCAAUCAUAAGAAAACAGAAAAGCAAGACAAAGUUCAGCAUACUGUGUGUAUGGAUUGCAGUAGUUACAGUACAUAUUGUUAUCGCUGUGAUGAUUUUGUAGUCAAUGAUACCAAGCUGGGCCUGGUACAGAAAGUCAGGGAACACCUACAGAACUUGGAAAAUUCAGCUUUUACAGCAGACAGACAUAGGAAAAGAAAACUAUUGGAAAAUUCAUCUCUAAACAGCAAGUUAUUAAAAGUAAAUGGGAGCACCACUGCUCUUUGUGCUACAGGCCUUCGGAAUCUGGGGAACACGUGUUUCAUGAAUGCGAUCCUUCAGUCUCUCAGUAACAUUCAGCAGUUUUGCUGUUAUUUCAAAGAGUUGCCAGCUGUGGAGUUGCGGAAUGGGAAAACAGCUGGCAGGCGAACUUACCAUACCAGGAGCCAAGGGGAUAACAACGUUUCAUUGGUUGAAGAGUUUAGAAAGACACUUUGUGCUUUAUGGCAAGGGAGCCAAACUGCAUUUAGCCCAGAGUCUUUAUUUUACGUCGUUUGGAAAAUCAUGCCAAAUUUUAGGGGAUACCAGCAACAAGAUGCCCAUGAAUUCAUGCGUUACCUGUUGGACCAUCUACAUUUGGAACUCCAAGGUGGCUUUAAUGGUGUUUCCCGCUCGGUAAUUUUGCAAGAAAAUUCAGGUCUCUCUGCAAGCAACAAAUGUUGCAUAAAUGGAGCCUCUACAGUUGUCACAGCUAUAUUUGGAGGCAUUCUUCAAAAUGAAGUAAACUGCUUAAUAUGUGGGACUGAAUCUAGAAAGUUUGAUCCAUUCCUAGACCUUUCACUAGAUAUUCCAAGUCAGUUCAGAAAUAAACGUACUAAGAAUCAAGAAAAUGGACCAAUGUGUACACUACGAGAUUGUCUUCGCAGUUUUACAGACUUGGAAGAACUUGAUGAGACAGAGCUCUAUAUGUGCCACAAAUGCAAAAAGAAACAGAAAUCUACCAAAAAAUUCUGGAUUCAGAAACUACCAAAGGUGCUAUGCUUACACUUGAAACGAUUUCACUGGACAGAAUAUCUGAGAAACAAGGUUGAUACAUAUGUAGAAUUUCCCCUCCGGGACCUAGAUAUGAAAUGCUACUUGUUAGAGCCGGAGAACAGUGGCCCAGAAUGCUGUCUAUAUGAUCUUGCAGCUGUUGUUGUACAUCAUGGUUCAGGUGUUGGCUCUGGACAUUACACAGCCUAUGCAACUCAUGAAGGUCGCUGGUUCCAUUUCAAUGACAGUACUGUAACUCUGACCGACGAGGAGACCGUGGUAAAGGCAAAGGCCUACAUCCUCUUCUAUGUGGACCGGCAGGCCAAAUCUGGAUCUGAUAAACUUUAAUACCUCCUUUUAAUCCUCACUUAUCAAGUCCAUCGGACAAAACAUUUCCAAUUCUCCAUAAAUACUUGAUCCAAGACUAUUAUUUUCAUUGUGCACUUUCCAACUUCCUCGUGUGGGUUUUAGUUUUGUUGUGUCAAAGCUAGUAGCAGUUGACUUAUUGAACUUGGACACAAACUAACAUUUUUUUUUUUUAGUUCUACCAGAAAACCUCAGCAGAUAUUUUGAUUUGCUGCUUUAGUUGUGAUAACUCAAUUUUUAUAUAUAUAGUUUCAUGAACUACUUAGCUAUUUGAUUUUUAUAUUAAUGUUUUCAGUUCUCACUUUCUAAAGGCACAUUUACAUCAGAGAAGUUUUGUAUCCUCUUUAUAAGCAAGAGAAAAGUGUUCCUGAUUACGAAGAGCAAUAGAAUUUCAUGCUGCUCUUACGGCUGUUUUGUAGAUAAGAUUGAAUCACUUUUAAAUCAAGGAAUUGCUUGCACAUACUGUUUGCCCCAGUGCAAGAAACUUAACAGUGACCUCUGAACAAUCACUCUUUGCCUGCAGAAGAGAAGAGAUGUGGCAUCAUUAAGUAGACUGGGUAAUUGCUGCUAUCAGUGUGUAUCAAGGCUGCUGUCUUUCAGGACUCCUUGUAAAUAAAUAGUUGAUUCAGUUGUAUUUGUACUGCAAAUUCAAGUGUUUCUCAUUUGUACUUUUUCCCCUACAAAAGAGACAUUUAAAUUAUUACCCUAAUCAUAUAUGUGUCUUGGGAUUUUAAUUUACUUUUUUUAAACUGAAAUGGAAUUGCUAGGGUGAUAUCUCAAUUUUUAGCAUUUAUCUCAAAGUUUGAUAGCAAGCACUUGCUUUUGAAGCUAGCAGGCUCCAUGGGAUUGGGCCACUGUCCCCUUUUUAUAUCCUAAAAUGAGAGUUCAAUGUGGAGGCUUCAGACAAGAGAGGUUUUUGUCUCAAUAUAACCCCCAUUUGCCCACAUCCCCUUCCAACUCCAUUUAGGAGUGAAAGAUGGGUUUGGAGAUAGACUUUGCAUGACAAGUAGUUCUACCUAAUCCAGACUCAGGCUCAAAGUGGUAGGAAAGAUGUAUUCAAAUCUAUAUGCAACGAUAUUACAGCUCAUGCAAAUUGUGGAGCUAACACUGCCCCUUUAGGUAAGCAUAUACCCUGACUAACUGCAGUAAUUAAUUAGUAGUUCAACAUUUCUCAUGGUAUUUCUCAAAAGAAGAGGCAAGAUAUUAUUUCUGAUGUUGAAAUGUAAGCCAUCUGUUUAUAUUAAGCCUCGUAUCAGCUUAAUGGAAGAGGAAUUCAGUGUUAGCAGCUGGAAUUUCAGCUGUUCUGGUACUGCUGAGAGAGAGGAGCCCAAUAUAAAUUGAAUGAACUCAGCUUUCCCUCCUCCUCUGUUUGCUUACUGCCUUUCACCACACUCCCAUCAUUUCAAAAGCCUGGAGGAAGGCUGGAGCUCACUGCCUGCCAAGUCGGCUAUCCCACCAGACCCCUCUUACUAGUGAUAUAGGCCCAAACAGGUGUGUUUUAUAUUUAACUGAGUAAAAACAUCUGCCUUCCCCUGGUUGCAUCUCCUUGAAGGGCCACAUUAGUCAGCAGGUAGAUGUAGUAUGCAUUUCAGUAUUAGUUGACUAAGCACUGUGCUCCUGACAAUUGCAAAAAAGUUUUAAUUACCUGUUUUGGUCCUUCUCCAGAUGGCUUUUACCACCGUCAUUUAAA